AUGGCAUGGGUCGCGGAGCCACACAUGCUCGGGCCCGUCAUGAAAAAUUACAGGGAACUGAAAUUUGCACGUACAUUAAUAUACACUCUGGAGAAGAUCAAUAAUGACAAAAAACUUCUUCCUGGAAUCCUUCUGGGCUACAAAAUUCUUAAUGCCUGUGGAUCCCUAAACCUUAUGAGGGCUGUUCUCAAAGCUGUGAGUGAAGAAGAUGUAAAAGAGGGAUGUGCCAAAGUCCAUGCAUUCAUAGGGCACUCUUCUUCUGGACCAACACAGAAAAUAAACAACUUAAUAAGCCCUUUUGGGAUACCACAGAUCAGUCACCUUUCCACCUGUGCAUGUUUAAGCAAUAGAGAUAUCUAUCCCACAUUUUUUAGAACUGUUCCGAGUGAUCACUUUCAGGUCAUUGCACUUGUCCAGCUUAUGAAACAAUUUGGCUGGAAUUGGAUUGGACUGAUUUACAGUUAUGGAUCAUAUGGAGAAAAUGGGGCACAUGCAUUUAUGGAACUGGCCAAAAAGGAAGGAAUCUGUGUAGAAUAUCAAGAAAUGUACCUUCAAAAAUAUUCAGACAUGGAAUUGAACAGUAUUGUCAACGUCAUAAAGAAUUCCACUUCUAAGGUCAUUCUGGCUUUCAUGUCCUCGUCUUAUAUCAGAAGCUUUCUGUCUAGAAUUGAUUCAAUGAAUAUUACUGGGAAACACUGGAUGGGCUCUGAGGCCUGGGUGACAGCACCUGAUCUGGCUUCUAUCAAGAACAUGCACAUUUUACAGGGCACUAUGGGCUUUGCCAUUCCAGAGGCUAAAAUACCUGGUCUUACUGAGUUCUUACUGAAGUUGAAACCUUCAGAUGCACCAGACAGUGCUUUCAUCAGGGAUUUCUGGGAAACAACGUUUCAGUGCAGCCUGUCAGCUUCAAAUCAGACUCAGCACAAAAGGCUGUGCAAUGGGUCAGAGGAUCUACGGACAAUUGACAAUGACUACACAGACACGUCAGAGAGUAGGACUGUUAAUAAUGUAUAUAAUGCAGUGUAUGCAGUAGCACAUGCCCUUCACAACCUCUUGCAAUGCAACAAUGGAACAAAUCCAGUAACAGGGUAUGGCUGCUACAACAAGACUGAUAUUCAGCCCUUGCAGGUGGUGCAUAGCUUGAGAAAAGUCAACUUUUCCCUAUUGUCUGGGGGAAGGAUGUUUUUUGAUGAAAAUGGUGACUCAGUAGCACUAUAUGAUUUAGUAAACUGGCAAAUGAACAGAGAUGGAUCUAUUAACAUUGUUAACAUUGGUCGAUAUGAUGGAUCUUUACCGAAUGGAAAGAGAUUCCAAAUGAAGGAAAACAUCACAGUCAUAUGGGGAGGAAAUCACUCUCAGGUGCCAAGAUCUGUUUGCACAGAAAGUUGCCCGCCUGGUAAUCGCAAGGUUAUGAACAAAACAAGGCAAAUAUGUUGUUUUGACUGCUUGCCAUGUGCUGAUGGGGAAAUUGCUAAUAAAACAGAUUCUUCAGACUGCAUGAAGUGUCCACCAGCAUAUUGGUCUAACAAAAGAAAGGAUGAAUGUGUAUUAAAAUUAAUAGAGUUCCUGUCUUAUGGAGAAACAAUGGGAAUGGUGCUGGUCAUAUUUUCUUGUUUUGGUUUCUUUUUCACACUGUUUACAACAGUCAUCUUCUUUGCUUUUCGUAAAACUGCAAUAGUUAGAGCUAAUAACUCAGAGCUGAGUUUCCUGCUGCUCUUCUCAUUAAAAUUGUGUUUCCUUUGUUCUCUUACUUUCAUUGGUCGGCCCUCUGAGUGGUCCUGUAUGUUGCGUCACACAGCGUUUGGGAUCACCUUUGUUCUCUGCAUCUCCUGUGUUCUGGGGAAAACAAUAGUGGUGUUAAUGGCCUUCAGAGCCACUCUUCCAGGCAGUAAUGUCAUGAAGUGGUUUGGGCCUCUGCAACAGAGACUCAGUGUUCUUGGCUUCACUCUCAUACAAGUGCUUAUAUGUGUCCUGUGGUUAACUAUAUCCCCUCCCUUUCCUUACAGAAACAUGAACCUUUAUCAGGAAAAGAUUAUUCUAGAGUGUGAGCUUGGGUCAGCUGUAGGUUUCUGGGCUGUUUUGGGUUACAUAGGAAUCCUUGCUGUAUUGUGUUUCAUACUGGCCUUUCUAGCUCGCAAACUUCCUGAUAACUUUAAUGAGGCCAAAUAUAUCACAUUCAGUAUGCUGAUAUUCUGUGCAGUCUGGAUCACUUUUAUUCCAGCUUAUGUCAGCUCUCCUGGGAAAUUUACUGUGGCUGUGGAGAUAUUUGCCAUCUUAGCUUCUAGUUUUGGAUUGCUUUCAUGUAUCUUCUUUCCCAAGUGUUAUGUUAUUGUUUUUAAACCUCAACUAAAUUCAAAGAAACAUGUAAUAGGUAAAAUCACAUCUAAAUCAUUAUAA